CAAUGAGAAAAUUCUUAGGGGAUGAAGUUAAAAUUCAAUAAUGGAAUAUUUGUGGAUUACCUAAAGAUGACACAUCUAUUGAAAAUGGUAUCAUAAUUGAUAAGAGUAGAAGAUGGACUUUAAUGAUUGAUCCACAAUCAUAAGCUAAUAAAUAUAUAAAGACUAUGGGAAAAGAUUUACCAGAAGGAUUAGAUGUGUUAAAAUAAUCAGAUCAAAAUUUGAUGAGAACAUUAGAAUUAGCAAUUCAAUUUGGUAAAUGGGUUUUGGUAGAAAAUGUUGGAUUAUCUUUAGAUCCAUCUUUGGAACCUAUUCUAUUAUAAUAAAUCAACAAGACUGGAACAUCUGCUACAAUAUAAAUUGGUGAUAAAAAUCUACAAUAUAAUUUUAGUUUCAGAUUCUUUAUGACAACUACUUUACCAAAUCCUCAUUAUUCACCUGAAACUUCUGUUAAAGUAACAAUUAUCAAUUUUGCAAUUACUCCUUUGGGAUUAGAAGAGUAGAUGUUAGCAUAAAUUGUAGCAUUAGAGAAUCCUAAUUUAGAAAAUAAGAAGACAGAAAUAGUUAGAAAGAAUGCAUAAGAUAAAAAAGAAUUAGUUAAUAUAGAAGAUAGUAUUUUAAGAAGUUUAUCUGAAACAAAAGGUGAUAUUUCAGAAAUAUUGAUGGAUGAGACUUUAAUUAAUAAGUUAUAAAAUUCAAAGAAAUUUGCAGCAGAAAUUAAUCAAAGAGUGAAGGAUUCUAAAAUAACUGAAGCUUAAAUAGAUGAAGCAAGAGAAUCAUAUAGAUCAGUUGCAUUUAGAGCUUCAUUACUUUUCUUUUGUAUUAUAGAUUUAUCAACAAUUGAUCCUAUGUAUUAAUAUUCAUUAUAAUGGUUUAUCAACUUAUUUACUUUGGGUGUUUAAAAUGCUCCAGCAUCAUAGGUUUUAGAAGAAAGAUUGAAUCAUCUUAAUAAUUUCUUUACAUAUAUGUUAUAUGAAAAUGUUUGUAGAUCAUUAUUUGAGAAACAUAAAUUACUAUUUUCAUUUAUGUUAACCUAUAAAAUAUUGAGUGCUGCUCAUAAAAUGAAUGAAGGAGAAUGGAGAUAUUUAUUAUAGGGUGCUACAGGAGAUGUUUAAUUGGCACCUAAUCCAACUGAAUGGAUUAGUGAAAAUACAUGGCCAGAAACAUAUAGAAAUAUAUAUGGUAUGUCAGAAUUAACUAAUUUUGAUGGUGUUUUAUCUGAUUUCAUGAGUAAUUCUGAUAAAUUUAAAACAAUCUUUGAUGCUCCCAAUCCUUAAGAUAUAGAAUUCCCAGAACCUUGGAAUGUUAAAUUAGAUUCUUUUUCAAGAAUAUUAUUAUUAAAAGCAAUUCGAAGUGAUAAAGUAAUUCCAGCUAUUUAAAAAUGGAUUAUAGAAAAGAUGGAUGAGAAAUUUAUCAUUCCACCUACUUUUGAUUUGAGUAAAUGCUACAAAGAUUCUACUCCAAAUACUCCACUCAUUUUUGUUUUAUCUCCUGGUUCAGAUCCUAUUGCAGAUCUAAUGAAAUUUGCAGAAGAAAUGAAUAUGACUAAAAGAAUUGAUUCAAUUUCUUUGGGAUAAGGAUAAGGUCCAAAAGCUGAAAAAUUAGUUAAAGAUGCUUUAGGAAGAGGUGGAUGGGCAUUGUUAAUGAAUUGUCAUUUAGCAACAUCUUGGAUGAAUGAUCUUGAAAAAUUAAAUGAAGAAAUGUAAGAUUAAGGAACAAAAGAUUUUAGAUUAUGGUUAACAUCUAUGCCUUCAAAAUCAUUCCCAACUAUUGUAUUAUAAAAUGGUGUAAAAAUGACACUUGAACCACCAAAAGGUCUUAGAAAUAAUAUGCUCAGAACUUAUACUUAAUUAGAUGAUAAAACAUUAAAUGAUUGUAAGAAACCAGNGGAUUAGAAGAGUAGAUGUUAGCAUAAAUUGUAGCAUUAGAGAAUCCUAAUUUAGAAAAUAAGAAGACAGAAAUAGUUAGAAAGAAUGCAUAAGAUAAAAAAGAAUUAGUUAAUAUAGAAGAUAGUAUUUUAAGAAGUUUAUCUGAAACAAAAGGUGAUAUUUCAGAAAUAUUGAUGGAUGAGACUUUAAUUAAUAAGUUAUAAAAUUCAAAGAAAUUUGCAGCAGAAAUUAAUCAAAGAGUGAAGGAUUCUAAAAUAACUGAAGCUUAAAUAGAUGAAGCAAGAGAAUCAUAUAGAUCAGUUGCAUUUAGAGCUUCAUUACUUUUCUUUUGUAUUAUAGAUUUAUCAACAAUUGAUCCUAUGUAUUAAUAUUCAUUAUAAUGGUUUAUCAACUUAUUUACUUUGGGUGUUUAAAAUGCUCCAGCAUCAUAGGUUUUAGAAGAAAGAUUGAAUCAUCUUAAUAAUUUCUUUACAUAUAUGUUAUAUGAAAAUGUUUGUAGAUCAUUAUUUGAGAAACAUAAAUUACUAUUUUCAUUUAUGUUAACCUAUAAAAUAUUGAGUGCUGCUCAUAAAAUGAAUGAAGGAGAAUGGAGAUAUUUAUUAUAGGGUGCUACAGGAGAUGUUUAAUUGGCACCUAAUCCAACUGAAUGGAUUAGUGAAAAUACAUGGCCAGAAACAUAUAGAAAUAUAUAUGGUAUGUCAGAAUUAACUAAUUUUGAUGGUGUUUUAUCUGAUUUCAUGAGUAAUUCUGAUAAAUUUAAAACAAUCUUUGAUGCUCCCAAUCCUUAAGAUAUAGAAUUCCCAGAACCUUGGAAUGUUAAAUUAGAUUCUUUUUCAAGAAUAUUAUUAUUAAAAGCAAUUCGAAGUGAUAAAGUAAUUCCAGCUAUUUAAAAAUGGAUUAUAGAAAAGAUGGAUGAGAAAUUUAUCAUUCCACCUACUUUUGAUUUGAGUAAAUGCUACAAAGAUUCUACUCCAAAUACUCCACUCAUUUUUGUUUUAUCUCCUGGUUCAGAUCCUAUUGCAGAUCUAAUGAAAUUUGCAGAAGAAAUGAAUAUGACUAAAAGAAUUGAUUCAAUUUCUUUGGGAUAAGGAUAAGGUCCAAAAGCUGAAAAAUUAGUUAAAGAUGCUUUAGGAAGAGGUGGAUGGGCAUUGUUAAUGAAUUGUCAUUUAGCAACAUCUUGGAUGAAUGAUCUUGAAAAAUUAAAUGAAGAAAUGUAAGAUUAAGGAACAAAAGAUUUUAGAUUAUGGUUAACAUCUAUGCCUUCAAAAUCAUUCCCAACUAUUGUAUUAUAAAAUGGUGUAAAAAUGACACUUGAACCACCAAAAGGUCUUAGAAAUAAUAUGCUCAGAACUUAUACUUAAUUAGAUGAUAAAACAUUAAAUGAUUGUAAGAAACCAGAAGAAUUCAAAAAGUUAUUAUUUGGUUUCUCUUUAUUCCAUGCAAUUAUAUAGGAAAGAAGAAAAUUUGGAGCUAUUGGAUGGAACAUUCCUUAUGAGUUUACUAAUGAAGAUCUUACUGUAUGUAGAAGACAAUUAAAAAGUUUAUUAGAUGAUUAUGUACUUAUACCAUUUAAAGUUAUCAAUUAUCUUGGAGCUGAAAUUAAUUAUGGUGGCAGAGUCACAGAUGAUAAAGAUGUUAGAUUAAUUAAAACUAUUCUCAAAUUAUAUAUUUCAUAAGAGGCAUUAAAAGAAGGCUAUUAAUUUUUAGUUCCUACUUAUUAUUAACCCAAUGUAGGAGAAAGAUAAAAUUAUAUAGAAUAUAUUGAAAAAUUACCUUUGAAUCCUGAACCUGAAGCAUUUGGAUUACAUAGUAAUGCUGAAAUUACUAAUGCUUAAAAUGAAACUAGAAUUCUCUUAGAAACUUUAUAAUCUAUUCAACCAAGAACAUAAUAAGGAGCAGGAAAGUGUAGAGAAGAUGUUAUUGAAGAAUUAGCUAAUUUUGUUGAAUCUAAAACUCCUGAUUUAUUUGAUAUAGAUGAGAUUUCAAAUAGAUAUCCUACUGAUUAUCAAGAAUCUAUGAAUACUGUUUUAGUUCAAGAACUUAUUCGUUAUAAUAGAUUACUUGCCAUUAUGAAAACUACACUCUCUAAUGUAAAAAAAGCACUUAAAGGAUUAAUUGUGAUGUCUGAAGAAAUGGAAAAAUUAUCAAACAGUCUUUAUGAUAAUUAAGUUCCUUAAUUAUGGGCAGAAAAAGGAUUUCUGAGUUUGAAACCAUUGGCUUCCUGGACUCAAGAUUUAUUAGAUAGAAUAGCAUUUCUUAAACAAUGGGUAGAAAAAGGAACACCUAAAGUGUUUUGGAUUUCAGGAUUUUUCUUCCCUUAAGCUUUCAUUACUGGUAUGGUACAAAACUACGCCAGAAAACAUGUAAUUGCUAUUGAUAAAUUACAAUAUGAAUAUAUAGUUUUGGAUACUCUAACUCAUACAGGUGUAACUGAGAAACCAGAAGAUGGUGUUUAUAUUUAUGGAAUAUUUUUAGAAGGAACUAAGUAUAUUUAUAUUUUAAAUUAAUUAGAUGGGAUUACAAGAGACAUUUAAUAUCAUAACCUAAGGUUAAGGAAUUGUAUUCAGAUUUACCAUUAAUGCAUUUAUUACCAUUUGAUCCAUCAUAAGUUGAGGUAUAACCUAAAGAUCCAAAAGAAAAAAAGAUUUAUAAAUACCAAUGUCCAUUGUAUAAAGUAGUUUCAAGGGUAAAAUAUUUAUAAUAAAUUUAGGCUGGUACUCUUUCAACAACAGGACAUUCUACAAAUUUUGUUAUGCCACUCGAAUUACCAUCAAGAGAUGAUGAAGAUGUUUGGAUUAGAGCAGGUGCUGCAGCUUUCUUAUCAUUAAGAUAUUGA